GAAGGAAGGGGGGGCUGUUGAGCCGGAAGUCACCUCUACACACGCUGUACUAUUGACUUUUGUUGGGAGACUGCCCUAAGUUUCCCUUUACAAAGGUUGGACCUCUGAACUGUUAGUAACUGAGACAAUGGCUGCAGAGAGAAGUGGUUGUGGAAAAGGCUGCGGUGACAGCGGCAUUCACGUGGACGUCAAGGAUUAUUACAGCAAGGUGCUGAAGAGCUCCUCGGACCUGAAGACCAAUGUGUGUGUGACUCCAGCCCAGCCCAUCCCUGCCUUUAUCCGCCAGGCGCUGAAGAGAGUGCACCCUGAAGUCAGUGACAGGUACUAUGGCUGUGGUCUGGUGGUGCCAGAGUGCUUGGAGGGCUGCAGGAUUUUGGACCUGGGCAGUGGAAGUGGGAGAGACUGCUACAUGCUGAGUCAGCUGGUGGGAGAGAAGGGUCAUGUCACUGGCAUUGACAUGACUGAGGACCAGCUUGAAGUAGCCAGGAAACAUGUGGACUAUCACAUGAAAGAAUUUGGCUUCAAGGAGACCAAUGUCAACUUUGUCCAGGGCUUAAUUGAGGGACUGACAGAAGCUGGUCUGGAAAAUAAUUCAUUUGAUAUCAUCAUUUCCAACUGUGUGGUGAAUCUCUCUCCAGACAAGAAGAGAGUGCUGGCUGAAGCCUACAGUGUGCUCAAGGAUGGUGGUGAGCUGUACUUCAGUGACGUCUACAGCAGUGGAAGACUCACAGAGGAAAUUAAAAACCACAAGGUCUUAUGGGGUGAGUGUCUUGGUGGAGCACUCUGGUGGAAGGAUCUGCUGCAGUUGGCUGACGAGGUGGGCUUCAGCCCACCACGCCUGGUUACAUCCAAGAUCAUCACUAUUGAAAACAAAGAACUGCAAGCCGUUCUAGGUGACUUCAAGUUUGUCUCUGCUACAUACCGCCUGUUCAAGGUCCCGAAAGGCAACACCAAGACCUGUCAGGUCAUAUACAACGGGAACAUUACAGGAGUAGAGGAAAGCUUCCUGUUUGACUGUCACUACACAUUCAAGGCUAAUAAACCUGUGGAGGUUGAUGGAGAGUUGGCCACCAUCCUGACCAGUACCAGAUUUAAGGAGGACUUCACUUGCCAGCCACUGGGAGGCCCUUCUGCGCCCUGUGGAGUCAAACCUCAGGCAGGCAUUGUGGAUCCUUUCGAGCUGGCCCUUCAGCUGGAGAAACAAGUUCCAGGUUCGGCCACAGGGGGAUGCUGCAGCACUAACUCCUCUGCCUGUUGCAAAUGAUGAUGUGAAGAGCCUGUGCAAUACAGGCCUAGCAUCAUACUGUGUAUGCAUUGUAACAGUAGUUCAAAUUCACUGACUUUAAUUAUGGCUUAUGUAAUGUCAUUGUUUGUUUCUUACUAACAUGUCAAAUGAGAUUUCAGCUGUUUAAAUGAAUCCUUCCUUACACAUAGACAUGUGUAUUAUUGAUGUUACCUGACCAAACUUAUUCCACUUAAUCCGCUCCACUAGAAAAACAGAAAUGACUAUAUGAAUUUAAUCAGUUCAAAUACUGAUGUUGGCUUUGUAUCAAGGCAAAAUGUAAAACAACCUAUGCAGAUAGUUUUCCCCCUAUUUUUCUAAAUCUUGAUUUCAUAUCAACGCCUUUCAAAUUUUUAGCAAGACUUUUCCUUCCACCUUUGCUUGAACAAGUGACCCUACUUGUGUUGUAAUACCUCUAAUUGUAUUGAUUUGUUUAAGCAGAAUAUUGACAGAUUUUCAGUAUCAUCAUUAUAAUGUUCAUUAUGAUGUGUUACUUCUGUUAUUACACAAAAAUAUUGGCAUCAA